AAAAUGCCCGAAAAAUCCGAAAGCCCGAUGCCCGGUGCCCCAUGCCCGAUGAAAAAUGACUGUAAAAAUAGCUGCGAUAAGGUUUGCAGGGAACAUGGAAAGUCAUGCAAUGAGCAUGGGUAUAAAAGCGAAAGACAAUGGCGACGACAUCAAUCAGUCGACUCGGGUUUUUCAGCAGGAAGCAUACACAUAAAUUUAUUAACGAACCCAGCUUAUGGCCAAAUGAUGAGAAGCGAGUGAAAAAAUAUCUGAAUUUACCACCCAACUGCAGUUCGCAGUCAAAAAAAAAACCAAGAAAUAAAGUAAAAUCAGGCAUUCGGACAGUAAGGGAACGAUAACUUUGUGUGUCAUAAUAAUAAAUGCUCCGUUGGCUGUUCGUGAUGAAAUUAUUUAUGAAAAAUAAAUGGAGUUACUCCCCCCGGAUGCUGCUCCUGAUCCUGAUCCUGACCAUGCUGCAGCUGCUGCAGCAGGGUGUGGCAGCCACCGCCGACCCUGACACAACCACGAAUGCAACAUGCAGACAUGCCACGGACAUGUGGGGAGAUCCGGACCCCAACAUAUUCUACGUGUGCUCCGAUGGCGGACAACCGCUGCAGCUGGAGUGUCCGCCUGGCCGGGGAUUUUUCAGCGGUCUCGGUUAUCUGGGCUGUUUGCCCUAUGACCACUGGCCAGCCUGCCGGCCCUCGGAGGAGCAGGUGGCCGCCCAGUUGUCAGCUGGCUGUGACAGCGGUACCGGCAUCGUGCCAUCGCCCUGGGCUUCGCCGGAUCCCAAUCGAUUCUACCUGUGCCCCAGCAUAAAUGCCACACCUCUGCUGCUUAACUGCGCCGCCGGCAGAGGAUUCAUGGCCAGUUCCGAGGUGGUGGGCUGUGCGGACUGGUCACAAUGGCGUCGCCAGAUGGAGUGCGAGGCGUACUACUGAUCCGGCGGUUGGAUAACCAUGUACAAGCUAUACCAAUAAUCAUACCAAAUGGUCGUGACUUGUCUACCCCAGACUCGAAUAUUCAUUAAUUUAUUGGGUAGUCAUGCUGCGCCAUUUCACUCACUAGUUUUAUCUGUAAAUAAAGUAAAAAGUUUCUUACUGA